UGCUGAGGCAGCGGCGGGCGGGGAGGGGGUGUCAGGAGGGGUGUACGGAGGAGGAGGCGGUGCGGCUGCUUGCGCCCGCUGCUGCUGCUGUGGAGGAGGAGAUGAAGGAGACGUUGAAGGAGAAGACGGGUGCGGUGGAGGGUGCGGCGGCCUGUGCGGGGCCAGCAGGGUGUGUCCCCGGCAGCCGGGACCGCCCCGCACUCCCCCGGAGUCCGGCCGGGGAGCCGGCAGCAGGGGCGGCCGGGGCAGGGACGGCAAGGCAGGAGGGGGAGCCCCCCCUCCAGCCCGGUGCGGGAGACACCUACACCGCAGCAGCACCCCACGUGGCAGCACUGCCGCCGCCCGGGCAGCAGCAGCAGCAGCAGCAGCAGCUCCCUCCUCGGCACCCUGACAAGCAGGCGGCCGCCAAAGGCCCCCCCGCGGCAUGCAACCCCGGUGCUGCCGUUGUGCCGCCAAGCGGGCCUGCCUCCUGCCUGCCGCCUCCUCCGCCCUACCGCUCGCCCAUACUGCGGCGCACCGUGCGGGUCAAGAUCCCCUGGGCCGAGCCCGAGCAGCUGGGUCCGCACUUCCAGGCCCGGCUGUCUGAGCUGGCGGCUGCGCGGGGGCUGCAGCUGGGGGGCGUGUACGUGCGGCGGGGCUGCGUGGAGCUGGUGAUGGUGCUGGAGGGGGCGGG